AUGGCUUCCUCCGCUCCCUCGUCCUCCAACGAUGCUCCGGACCCCACCCCACCUAAUCUGAGACCCACAACUUACGACUCGUGGUGCGGCGUGGCUCACGGGUGCACCAGGAAGAUCGGGCUGAAGAUAUGCGGGUUCCUGCAACGGACCAACAGCCUGGAAGACAAGGGCCGGAUCGUCAGUUCUCUGAAGGAAAGGCAGUCCUCCAAGAGCCUGCUGGCAUGCGAGAACAGUGAGAAAGGAUCCAGGUUCCGGCGCACCGAGACAGACUUUUCCAAUCUGUAUGCCAGAGAUUUGCUGCCCUCCAAGAAUGGUGAGGAGCAGACCAUGCAGUUCCUGCUGGAGGUUGUGGACAUCCUCCUCAAUUACGUGAGGAAGACGUUCGACAGAUCCACCAAAGUGCUGGACUUCCACCACCCACACCAGCUCCUGGAGGGCAUGGAGGGCUUCAACCUGGAGCUUUCGGACAACCCUGAGUCCCUGGAGCAGAUUCUGGUGGAUUGUCGGGACACACUGAAAUACGGAGUGAGGACAGGUCAUCCUCGCUUUUUCAAUCAGCUGUCCACAGGACUGGACAUUAUUGGCUUGGCUGGGGAGUGGCUGACAUCUACUGCUAAUACAAACAUGUAA